AUUUCUUUUACAAUGAUGUGGAUGCUGCUGUUGUCAGGAGGGGUGUUCUUCACGUCUGCAAAUCUUUUAUUGAGAUUUUGUCUUGGCAGAAUAUUUUCAACACGACUGUCACUCGCUGACAAGUUCUUAAUAACUGAAAAAUGCGUCGGCUCCCUGCAGGCGGUGAUGGCAACAUGUGCUGGUGGAAUAAUAGUGCAGCAGUGUCAUAAUAACAUCAUGACAGACACGUUCUGGCUUACGAAGGCAUAUGCUUGGUUUGGACUGCCAUACUUCAUCUACGACACAUGGGCAAUCUACAACACUCACUACUACCUGAAUGAGCCAUACAUGAGCUCGGCAGCUUGGAAAUCAAAGACAGUACACUUCUUCAAAGGCAAUACAGCAAUGAUCUUCCACCACGUUAUGCUGCCAUUAAUUUUCUUUCCCACCAUUUUGUUUCUGCGUGAAGACAAAGGGGAUUACUUUGUUGGUCUCUUCUAUAUGGUUGAGGCAGCCAUUCCAUUCAUUUCCCUGAGGUUUAUUCUUGCUCAGCUGCAGUUCAAGGACAGUGCAGUGUACAUUAUCUCGGGACUGUUGAUGAUACUUGUGUUUUUCCUGGCCCGAGUUUGCGUGUUCCCCUUCCUCUACUGGAAGUACAGUGUUUUCUCAGGGAUUCCAUUUCUACAAGUGCCCUUUACUUUACCUAUCAAAUGCAAUAUAGGCUGUCUGAUAUUGUUAGUGUUACAGGUUUAUUUUCUAUUUCUAAUGAUCAGGGGUGCCUUCAAGGUAUUUUACAAAAUGUAUCAAAAUAAAAUAAAAAAACUGAAAAAAUUAUAGACAAAAUCUGCAUGGGAACAUAUUAGUUCCAGACAAUCUAUUGCACAUUCAAUGUAAAUGCAACGCAAUUAUUUUAAAUCAUCAACAUUUCUUUAAGUAUUCAUCACCUACUGCAAUAUGAAUAUGCCUGAGUUUAUUUUUACAAUGUCAUAUGAUUUAUAUACUUGAAAGAGGACGAUACUCAGGCUGUGAUAUUUUGACUAUUUUACAUAUUAUCCAUUUUAUAUUAAUUUUUGCAAUAUUACUAGACUCUUGAUAUACAUGUAGUUAACCUCAUUAUGAACUCCACACAAUCAAGAGAUUUGUUAUUGUUUUGCAACAAUCAAAUGAUUAUAGGAUGUCAUCCCUUUAUGUUGUUUAUGAAGACUUUAUCAGCAGCGUUGAGCAUGAGAGAAUGUGAGGAAAAUAUGUUUCAUAUCAAACAUGUGGAACCUACUUUUACAUUCCAAACUUCAUAAAUAAUUGUUUAUCUGGUAAUCACGGCUUAACAAAAUUGGUUGGUGUUUUUUGAAUGAACAUGUCAUCAUUUAUUGUUUUUGGAUAAAAUAGCUUAAUUCAAUUGCUGAGGUAAAAAUGAAAAUAAUAAAACAUGAUAGCACUGACACAGUGUAAAUAACUAUAUAUUGUAGAGAUUAUUAUAUAUAAACAGAGAAAAAAAUCUGUAUAUCCGUAUACGGGGUAGAUUGUUUUUUGUUUCUUUCCUUUAAAUAAUUGAAUAUUGAUUAUGAAGAUGCUUAAAAAUGUCUGUUAGUACUUCAAUGCAUGACCCCAUAAUGAAUUGGUACAACUGCAUUGUCUCUCAGAUGAACAAAAUUUCAAUUCUCCCUAAUUUCAAAAUUGUUUCAAAUUUUAUAAUACGAAAUAUGAUUAGGGUUUAUUAAAAAAAGUUGCCAAUCCUAUUUCUGGUGUUUAAGCUUUUGCGUGUAUUCUCCAUGUAUGUAGGAGAAGUGUUUCCCUGCCAUUCCAUGCUAUUUAUUUCAUGUUACUUAUUUAUACAUUGCUGUUUCUUGAACUCCAUUUAUUGUGUGUUUGAAUAUAUGUAUUUUAUGCACAUUUAACCAGAUUAAUACAGUUUUUGCACUUUUCUACCUUGUCUGUGAUAAAUAAAUGGAACUAUGUCAAGCUAUCGCCUUGUUCUUUUAUCUUGAUCAGUAUGGGCCGGAUGUCCUUUGGUCACUAUUGUGUGUUUCACAUGCUGUAAAACCAAUCCUUUUGUUUAUAAACUUAAGAUUAUAAUUGUUAGGUCUGAAAUGUGUUAAACAUAGCCCUGCUUCCUACGAAACUAAUAGUGUAAAAUACUUAAAUGUUUAAUUUGAAAGUGUUUUUCGUAUUGUACAUAACCAUUGCCCACCCUGCAUUUUGAAACAUCAAAAUGAUUGAAAACAACUGACCAAGUGCAUCAAAACUUUCAGGAUAUCUUUGUUAGGACAAUAAGUUUUUGUUUUUUUCAAUAAAAAUAAAUUACUUUGCAAGAUUCUUGAGUUUUGAUUUAACAUCAAAAUCAUUUUUCAAUUAAAACUUAUUUCCUGAAGUUCCAGGUGCAAGAAUUAUGCAAAAAAAUAAUAAAAAUAAUGCUCCAAAUUAAAAAAAAAUGAAUAAUAAAAAAACAAUCGGAAAUAACCAUGAUUCUACAUUGUGUGAAAUGGUCAAUUAUGUUCGUACUUGCCA